AUGGGCCAAAAAGCAUCCGUCCCCCAACCAGGGGCGCGCCUUCAAGUAAUCGGCGCCGGCCUGCCGCGUACUGGGACAGCAUCAUUCAGUGCUGCAUUGGAGAUCCUUUUAGAUGGACCAGUCUACCAUGGUGGAACACAAACAGCCAUGGGUCCUCCUACCGAGAUCAAAUCCUGGAUCCUGAUUCUGCAAUAUUGGGUACACGGGAAGGAGGCAGACAGACCCACGAUGAUGAAUCUCAUGAGGCACCGACUUGACGGGUUCGUCGCUGUCACCGAUGCUCCUUGCUCUCAGCUCUUCGAAGAAUUGCUAGAAAUGCACCCAGAUGCCAAGAUCAUCUGCACAACCCGCGACCCAGACUCUUGGGGGCAAUCUAUAUCCCAGAUCCAGCAUAUAUCGCUUCUAUGGUUCCUACGCGGAGUUCUUCUUCCUUUGAAAGGCAUGCGACAUUUCGUGGAUUAUAUUAGCGUGUUGGAGAAGCAGUGGUUCAAGCUAUAUGGGACCACGACUUUCGAUCGCGCGACAUAUGAGAAGCACAUUGCUUGGUUGAAAGAGGUGGUGCCCGAGGAUCGCUUGGUGUUCUAUAAUGUCAAAGAUGGAUGGGAGCCGCUGUGUAAGGCACUUGGUAAGGAGGUGCCCAAGGGCAAGCCAUUCCCUCAGAUUAACGACGCGGCUGCAAUCGAUCAAACUGCUCGGUAUCAUAUCCGGCGGGGGCUUACUCGAUGGGCUGCGAUUCUAGGUGUGGUUGGUAUCGCUGUGGCUCUAGAGUGGCAGAUGAGUACUCCAUGGCAUUUUCACCCCACGAGCUUGUUCGCGGGAAAGCGGUAA